AGAGCUUCAAGUUGUGUGUCACAGCGUCGGUACUGUUCCGCUUUACAUCCACUAGGAAGUGCGGAGAAAUGGUGAAAGAUCGUUGCCUCCAUAUUAGCACCGUCAGUGCGCAGGAUAUCCGGUGGCCAACGUCACUGGGAGCGCACGGUUCCGAUGCGAUGCACACGGAUCCGGAUUACUCAUGUGUUUACGUGACGAUCGCGACCCGCGAAGGGCACACCGGGUACGGGAUGACGUUCACCCUUGGUCGCGGUACGGACAUUGUGUUGAAAGCGGUUCGUUGCAUGCUGAAGCGAUCCGUUGAGGGCCGCACAACGGCCAGCAUCUACGAACGAUUUGGCCACUUUUGGCGUGAGCUAACGAGCGAUUCGCAGUUGCGCUGGAUUGGCCCAGAGAAAGGGGUGACCCACCUGGCGGUGGCUGCCAUCAUCAAUGCACUGUGGGAUCUCUGGGGUAAGAUACGCCAGGUGCCGGUAUGGUUGCUGUUGGCCGAGAUGGAACCGGAGGAGCUGGUUUCUACGAUUGAUUUCCGGUACAUCGAGGACGUUAUUACACCGGAAGAGGCCAUUGGCAUCCUGCGAGAAAGCAAAUCCACGCGGAACGAGCGCAUAGAGCACGUUCGCAAAACCGGCUAUAAGGCCUACACGACACAGAUAGGAUGGCUCGGCUACGAUGAUGACACUAUUCGUGGGUUGUGCAAAAAAUAUCUGGCAGCCGGUUUUACGGCGUUCAAAAUAAAGGUCGGCCAAGAUUUGGAGGAUGACAUGAAACGUUGCCGGUUGGUGCGGGAGGAAAUUGGUUGGGAAAAUCUGCUGAUGGUGGACGCAAACCAAACAUGGAACGUUUCGACGGCCAUUGAGUGGAUGAAACAGUUGAAACAAUUCAAACCCUUCUGGAUUGAGGAGCCCACAUCUCCAGACGAUAUUCUUGGCCACGCCAAAAUUGCCGAGGCACUAAGGGAACAUGCGAUCGGUGUGGCCACUGGAGAGAUGUGCUGUAAUCGUGUCAUGUUCAAACAGUUUAUGCAGGCCAACGCACUCGAGUUUUGUCAAGUUGAUUCGGCCCGUAUCGGAGGUGUGAAUGAGCUGCUGGCCGUCUAUUUGAUGGCGAAGAAACUGAACGUGAAAGUAUGCCCCCAUGCUGGCGGAGUAGGCCUUUGCGAGAUGGUUCAGCACUUGCAAAUGUGGGACUUUUGUUCCGUCUCCUGCACGAUGGAGGGUCGUAUGAUUGAGUUUGUCGAUCAACAGCACGACCAGUUCGUUUAUCCGGCCCUGAUCGACAAGAAAGCGUACUACGUGGCUCCGAAGGCACCUGGCUACUCUACCGAGCUGAAGGAAGAAGCUAUCGCUCAGUUCGCCUAUCCGGAUGGCACCGAAUGGAAACGAAUGUUUGACGAAGGAAUUUUUAAACUUGAAAAUUAUUAAUUUAAACCCUGUGCGCAA